GCUGAAAGUGGAAAGCAUUUCAUAAAGCCACCAGGAAUUAACUACACGGUGCCUGUAUUUUGUAACAUGACUUCGAAGAAUGGUGUUGGUGUGACAGAGAUUGGACAUGACAGUGAAUCACGAACAUUUGUGACCGGAUAUGAAAGUCCGGGUUCCUACCGACGAAUGAUUAAAUAUGAAAUUUCCAUUGACCUGAUCGUUUCCAUUAUGAACCAGUCCAAGAAUUGCGAGCAGUUUAUAAAGUAUGAAUGUUACAGUAGUGUUUUCUAUAAUGCUAAGGGUCAACUAUUUGCUUGGUGGGUAUCACGUCAAGGAACAAAUAUGAAUUACUGGGGUGGAGCGGCAGUCGACAGUGGAAACUGUUCAUGUGGAAUGACCAACAGCUGUGCAGGUGGAAGGAAAUGUAAUUGUGACAUGAAUGACUAUACAUGGCGUGAAGACAGUGGAUACCUGACAGACAAGAACACACUACCUGUUACUGAACUGAGAUUUGGUGAUACUGGUGAUACUAGUGCUGAGUAUGGAAAUUUUACACUCGGAAAAUUACGAUGCUGGGGUUAA